CGUCGAGCGCCUGCUCAAUCUUACCAAGCAGCGCCACCGUCAUACGCCACGCGUUCUCAAGUUUGCAGGGCAAGUGCUGAUGACGAUGUGGUCUCACGCGGAACUCCGCGAGGUGUACCGCAAGCACGGCUGGCGCGAGCCCGACUUUCUCACGCCGGCGCGCGCCGCCGUGCCGCGCGGAUCUUCCAACGCCAGCGUCGUGUAUACCGCACCUUGCGCAUUGGUGAACGUAGAUACGGGUGUGGGAGCAGGUCAGGGCACGCCCAUGUCGGGAGGUGGAGCCCCCCACUCGCCAAGCAACGCCAACUCCACGCUCAGCCGGCCCAUGGCUUCUACUGGAGGCACCCGAUACGAGGAUAGGACCAUACGCCGCCAUAGAGAGGUAUAUCGAACUUUGCACCUUAUCCAUUUGAAGUAGAACUUAGUUUGGUAGAUCAGUGCAUGAUUAUUGGACAUUAGAUAUAAUUGCAACGCCAACUCAACGCUCAGCCAGCCCAUGGCUUCUACUGGGGUCACCCGAUACGAGGAUAGGACCAUACG